GAAAGCAAGUAUACCGUAUACGGAUACCAAAAUUUAAUAAGGUCCAAAGUAUUCAGUUUGAACCGUAAUCUUCAUCCUUUAAUUCCUUCGUCUCCAAGCAAUUAAGUCGAUGGAGAAAUCUCGGGUACGGUGGUCCGAUCUGCCUCCUCAACUCUGGCCGCUCAUCGGAAAACGCCUUGAUAAUUACAUCGACAUCGUCCGAUAUCGCAGUGUAUGCCGUUCAUGGCGUGCUUCUCUUCCCCAAUUGAACGCCAUUUCUCUUCUUUCACCUCUCCGUCUCCCCCACCCCGCCGAUCAUCGAUUCGAAGACGUUUUAGUUAUCCGAAGAAUAAUCUAUGCUAUCAGUCCCCUCCAUCAUCAUCAAAUUUCAACUUCCCCUUCUGCUUCUCGUGCUUCCGAGGGCUGGUUGGCGAAGAUCGAGACCACAAAGCUCGGUAAAAUGCGAUUUCUAAGCCCGCUUUGUACAGACUGGGUUAAAUCCAAGAAUCGAGUGUUUCAGAAGGAAGUCAACCUGCUGGAUUUUCGUAUUCAUGAAGUAGCUAAAUCAUAUAUACUUAGAUCCACUAUUGGUGGUAUUGUUCUCAUAAAUAAGGUUGUAAUCUUCCCUGAUUCUGCCUGGAUCGAUGUGAAGAAGAACUCCAUUAUUGUAGCAGUUCGUGUAGACGGAAAAUUAGGGUUUACUAAAUUUGGGGAUAACAACUGGACGCUGAUUGGGAACCCUAAUUUUCAAUUCGAUGAUCUGAUUGUCUACAAAGGAGAAAUUUAUACCGUCAAUAGACAGGGAACAGUUUUCUUGAUUGAUUCAUCGAUGAAAUUGGUACAAAUUUCUCCUGAAUUGGGCAUUUUCAGUAACCAGAAACAUUUGGUUGAAUGUGGGGGAGAAAUUUAUGUGGUGGAUCGGUUUUUGGAGAGUAAGAAGAAUCCAGAGUUAAUAUAUUUCUUUGGUGAAUCGCUUCCAAGUGUGGUUGAUUUCAAAGUGGUGAAGCUGGAACAAGAAAUCAGGGGAAGAUCAAGAUGGGUGGAGGUUAAGAAUUUGGGAAAUCAAGCGUUUGUUUUAGGGCACAAUUGUUUUUCGGUUUCAGCAGCUGAUUUUGAAGGAUUUAAAGAGAAUUGCAUAUAUUUUUCUGAUGAACUAAAUUCUGAUCUUGGCUAUGGCUUUAGUACUCAUGUAUUUGACCUUCAGGAAAGGACGAUUGUGCAAGCUCCUGCACAAAUUUUCAGGGCACCUCCGAUUUGGCUCCGUUGAGUUAUGAAUCCCAUGGUAUUCUGUUUCUUGCUGCUUUGUAUGCGUACGCUUGAUUUGAGGAAACGAAACACGUGGUGAUCUUGGAGUUGAAGUCUUGGAAUAAUGCUUGUAUCUUCGAAGAACUUCAGUCUUCAGUGUGGUUCAGGUGUGGUCAGCUUCAGGAGUCAGGAGUCUUCUGGAGCAUAUUAUUCCUCACCAGUGGUUUUAGCUUGUGGUUCUUGUGAUGACAUGCUAGGUGCUUCAACUUUAUAGCGAAGUCUUUAAAGGAAUGGGUCCUCCACUGAAAAUUCUCAAUGAGUUCAUCCAAAAGAAUGGAGGUGAAAACCUCAGGGAGUACUCAAUCAGUAAUGUAAUCCCAUUAGAAAUACUUGAGAAAUGCUUAAAUGAAAAAAUAAAUACCACAUGUAUUUUGGAGCAAGUAAAGGAGUCCU